AUGGAACAGCUGACCAAAUUUCUGUCGGAAAACACCCAUAUUCAUUAUGCUACUCCGCAGUCACCGGACUACACGGAGCUUCGCCCAGGAUUCAUUCUUAACGUUCGUGAAGUCCCUGCGAUGAUCGUCCGACCUCGUUCUGCCGAGGAUAUUGCGGGACUCAUAUCAGUAUUGACUGCGAAUGACCUGCCUUUCAGUAUUCGCGGGGGUGGCCAUGACAUGUACGGACGAUCACAAAUCCACGAGGGAAUUACAAUUGAUAUGCGCGAGAUCUCCCACGUUGAAGUUGAAGUUGAGAGUCUGACCGCACGAGUAGGCGGUGGUGUAAUCUCCAUGAGUCUCCUCAAAGCUCUAGAAGUGCAUGGAGUGACCACACCCCACAGUGUGACACCAACCGUGGGCUAUACUGGAUGGGCGAUCCAUGGCGGAUACGGUCUUCUGAGUGCUACAUGUGGGAUGGGUGUUGACCAGAUACUGGGAGCUAAAGUGAUCGAUGCAAGGGGAUCUAUUCGUGACGCUGACGAGACCAUGCUCACUGCAAUUCGAGGCGGUGGAGGGGCAUUUGGCGUCAUUUACGAACUCAAGAUCAAAGUCUAUGCUUUGAAUCAGGUACUAGCCGGAGCCAUAAUCUAUAAUCCGGGCGACCUGGGUGAAAGAAUCCAUCAUUUCAAUAUGAAGUAUUGGGAGCUCAAAGAAGAAGGCAUUCCAUCACGUCUCACUGUGUACCAAUCGGUUAUGAACGGUCCAGUCGGAAAGUCUCUUGUGGUUCUUUUUAUGUGGGCCUCGGCCGACACUGAAGAAGGCCAGAAAUGGUUAUCAAGAAUUUCUUCGUGGGGUCCCGUGGCAGUGAACACUGUAACCGUGCAGAGCCUGGCUGAUUUUAAUGCGAUCACGGACUCCAUGGUCCCCAAGCAUACUUAUGGCACGAUGUACUCCUUGUGUCUGCAUCAGCUUACCCCUGAGGUCCUGGAUGUGAUCGCCGAGCACGCACCGCUGCAGCCCAAUAACCCUGAAGUCAUCUUCACUGCUCACGAAGUUCGUGCCGAGGCUCUGAAGCCAUCUUUGACAAAUGUAUUCAUCAAUCGAAUCCCGCACUUUACUAUCGAGGUGAUCCCGAUGGCUGCGUCGGCGGAGAAGCUUGAGGAGAACCUCGUAUGGGCUCAGAAAUUCAUUGCGGCCUUGAAAAGUACCGAUCCCAGAAACUUCGUGCAGUCAAAUUACCCUCCAUUAACGAGCACGAAUGAUCUUGAUUUGAAAAUGUAUUACGGAAGCUACUAUAAUGAUUUAAAAAAAAUCAAGCAGCAGUAUGAUCCUGAUAAUGUGUUCAAGCAUACUGUGAUCCGGCUUUGA